UCUGUCUUGUCAUCUGUCAGUCUGCCAAUGUCAGAAUAGGGACCACGAGUGUAGAGCGGUUGCGUGUUAUUAUUUUACAAAUAUUAUUUGAAGCACGCGAAAAGGAUUACAACAUAAAAUGAAGAGAAAAAUAGCAGAUAUUGAGGAACAAGAAUCUAAGCUAUCUACCCUUCUGUUCAAUAAAUCUAACAAGUUUACUGAAAAGCUAUCAACAAAAUUAGACAAAUCCGAAGAUGAAAAGAAACCCGCGUGGUUUGAUGAAGAUGAUGAGGAAUUUAUUGAUAAUGCAGCUGUACCAUAUUUGAAGCAGAAUUUUUAUGCUAGUAAACUAAAGCAAAAAUAUAAUACAUUAAUAGGUACACCUUCUUGGGCGGAAUUGAACAAAAAAGAAAAUGAUGAGGAUGACGAUCAUGAAAUAUUGAGAACUGUUGGACAUUUAGAAAAAAAAAAGUCAAGUGGUCUUUCAAAAGACCUUUUAGAAUACAAAAAGUUUCCAACAAUAAAUAGUGCAACAAACAAUGAAGGCCAAAUCAUACAAUGCUUGGAAUUUCAUCCUAAACUGAGUGUAUCUCUUGUAGCAGGGACAUCUGGUGUAGUGUCCUUGUUUUCUAUUGGAGGAGAUGUAAAUACUAAACUCCACAGCUUCAAGCUGAAGAACUGGAUUGUCUCUUCAGCGCAUUUCACACCUGAUGGUACAGAAGCAUAUAUUGCAUCAAAAAAGAAUCACAACUAUUGUGUUUAUGAUUUAGUCAAGGCGGAACCUAAAUUAGUACAAUUGCCUAAAGCAAUAAAACGACCAAGCUUUUUCAAAUUGUCUUCAGAUGGCAAGUACAUUGCAACAAGUAUUGGUAUGGAUGAAGUAUAUAUAAUAUGUGCCAAGUCAAAGGAACUCCUGCGUUCACUAAAAAACAACUCAAAUAUAGUGUCAGUGGCUUUCAAUUCUACUUGCGAUAAGUUAUAUUGCUAUGGAGUGCAAGGAGAAAUUACAGUCUGGGAUUUACCAACAUUUAAAGCUUUAAGUAAAUUUCAAGAUCAAGGAUGUGUUUCUGCAUCAACAUUAGAGACAAGUGCAUGUGGUAGACUUUUAGCUACCGGUAGUGGUGAAGGCAUUGUAAAUGUAUAUGAAAUGUCCAAUUUAACAUUUCCUUAUCCAAUGCCAUUAAAAACAGUUUCCAAUUUGAGAACCAGAAUAACAGAUAUUACAUUUAAUGGAACAUCAGAAAUACUUGCAAUAGCUUCAAGUUACUACCCCAAUGCAAUAAAACUUGUUCAAUUGCCAUCAUACCAUGUUUUCCAAAACUUUCCGAAUAAACUAAAUUUAUACCAAGUGCAAACAGUGAGCUUUUCUCCUAACAGUGGGUAUAUGGCAAUUGGAAAUAAUAAGGGAAAUGCCUUCUUGUACAGACUCAAACAUUAUAAGAAUUACUAAGGAUUCA